UUCAGUCGGCUAAUGGCGUCGCUGUGGUCGUACUUUUCUGGUCAGGAAUCCGAAGAAACUCAACUCACGACAACAACCAUGGCAAGCCUAAUACUUAACGAUGGUACCGUCUAUAGAGGAAAGGUUUUUGGAGCCCAUAAGAGUGUAUCUGGUGAAGUCGUGUUUCAGACUGGAAUGGUUGGUUACCCAGAGUCUCUGACUGACCCAUCGUACCAAUCACAGUUGUUAGUCCUAACCUACCCACUGAUUGGUAACUAUGGUAUCCCAGGCGUCCAGAAGGAUGAACAUGACCUUGAUAAAGAGUUUGAAUCUGAUAAAAUCUGGGCAGCUGGGUUAAUAGUGGGUGAUUAUGUAGAGGAAUACAGUCAUUGGAAUGCUGAAAAGUCUCUCUCUGAUUGGCUGAAAGAGAAAGGAAUUCCAGGAAUCACUGGAAUUGACACAAGAGCUUUGACAAAGAAAAUAAGAGAAGAAGGAAUGAUGUUAGGAAAGAUAGUACUUGAUGGGGUUGAAGCAGACUCUGUCGCCUUUGAAGAUCCAAAUGUACGAAACCUUGUAGAUGAGGUCUCAUGUAAGACACCCAAAACCUACAACCCAACUGGCCAGCCAAGGAUCAUAGCACUAGACUGUGGAAUAAAAACCAACCAAAUCCGCUGCCUUGUCUCAAGGGGUGUAUGUGUCAAGGUUGUACCAUGGAACUAUGAUUUCAAUCCAGAGGUCAAAAAUGGAGAAUUUGAUGGCAUUUUCCUCAGCAAUGGUCCAGGAGAUCCAAGCUUUUCUUUCACAGCUAUUGAGAAUAUAAGGAAGCAUGUCACGGAUAAAAAUGCUAAGCCACUCUUUGGUAUUUGCCUUGGACAUCAGUUGUUAUCUUUAGCUAUUGGAUGUAACAGUUUUAAAAUGAAAUAUGGCAAUCGUGGUCACAACAUUCCCUGUAUUCACCAUGACACAAACAGAUGCUUCAUCACCACUCAAAAUCAUGGCUUUGCUGUCAACGUCGACUCCCUCCCUGACAACUGGUCUCCUUUAUUCACUAACGCUAACGACCAAACAAAUGAAGGAAUAAUCCAUAACACUCGGCCGUUCUUCAGUGUUCAAUUUCAUCCUGAACACAAGGGAGGACCAAGAGAUCUGGAAUGUUUGUUUGAUAUUUUUAUUGAGGCAGUGAAGAGCUUUAAGUCCAAAACAGACCCCGAUAUGACUGUAAAACAGAGGAUAAAGAAGCAGUUUGACUUUGAACCACCAGUGUUCUGCUCUUCAUUAAAAGAAAGACCCAAAAAAGUUUUAAUAUUGGGAUCUGGUGGUCUGUCAAUUGGACAGGCUGGGGAGUUUGACUAUUCAGGAUCACAGGCCAUCAAGGCAUUAAAAGAAGAGGGUGUCCAGACAGUUCUUGUUAACCCUAACAUUGCUACUGUACAGACAUCAAAGGGAUUGGCCGAUAAGGUUUAUUUCCUUCCCAUCACAUUAGACUAUGUUACCCAGGUUAUCCAAAGUGAGCGACCAGGAGGUAUUCUCCUUGCAUUUGGUGGUCAAACUGCUCUUAACUGUGGCAUUGAGUUGAGGGAUAAGAAUGUUCUAGAGGAAUACAAUGUCAAGGUGUUGGGUACCCCUGUUAGUUCUAUCGUAUGCACAGAAGACAGACAAAUGUUUGCUGAAAAAUUGAAAGGAAUUAAUGAAAAAGUUGCACCAAGUCAGCCAGCAUGUUCUGUUGAACAGGCUAUUUCAGCUGCCGAGAGGAUAGGUUAUCCAGUCAUGGUACGAGCGGCUUUCGCACUAGGAGGGUUAGGAUCAGGUUUUGCCGACAACAAGGAACAGUUGAUUGCUUUGGCAUCAGUGGCUUUUGCUAACACUAAACAGAUUAUUGUUGACAAAUCCUUGAAAGGAUGGAAAGAAAUUGAGUAUGAAGUCGUCAGAGAUGCUUUUGACAACUGUAUCACAGUUUGUAACAUGGAGAAUGUGGAUCCUCUAGGAAUCCAUACAGGAGAGUCUAUAGUGGUUGCACCCAGUCAAACCCUGAGUAAUGAUGAAUAUAACAUGCUUCGUAGCACAGCAAUAAAGGUUAUUAGGCACUUGGGUGUGGUCGGCGAAUGCAAUAUCCAGUAUGCACUAGACCCUAACUCCAAAGAAUAUUACAUCAUAGAGGUUAAUGCCCGAUUGUCAAGAAGUUCUGCAUUGGCAUCUAAAGCCACAGGGUACCCACUAGCUUAUGUAGCAGCAAAGUUAGCAUUGGGCAAACCUCUUCCAGAGCUACACAACUCUGUCACAAACAAAACAACUGCUUGUUUUGAACCUAGUCUGGACUAUGUGGUAGUGAAAAUCCCUCGAUGGGACUUAAAGAAGUUUAACAAAGUCAGCACAAAGAUUGGAAGUUGCAUGAAGAGCGUUGGAGAAGUAAUGGCGAUUGGUAGAAAAUUUGAAGAAGCUCUCCAAAAAGCGAUCAGAAUGGUUGACGAGGGCAAUCUGGGAUUUGACUCUCAUAAGCAUACUCCUUCAGAUGUGGAAUUAAAUCAGCCGUCAGACAACCGCAUCCAUGUCCUAGCAGCAGCGUUGAAGGAGGGUUACACCAUAGACAGGCUGUAUGAGUUGACUAAGAUCGACAAAUGGUUUCUAAGCCGCAUGAAGYGUAUUACUGAUUAUAAUGCACUGUUAAAGUCUUAUAGGACUGAAACAGCUAAGGGUGUAUCAUCUCACACACAAUUGUCACAAAUAGACAAGGCACCUGAGAUCACUUAUGAACAUCUGUUAAGAGCAAAGCAGCUUGGCUUCUCAGACAAGCAAAUAGCCAAGUGCAUUCACAGCACUGAAUUGGCUGUCAGAAAACUCCGUCUUGAAAUGCAAAUCACUCCAUUCAUGAAGCAAAUAGACACAGUAGCAGCUGAGUAUCCGGCAUGUACUAACUAUUUAUAUCUGACUUACAAUGCCAUGGAGGAUGACCUUACAUUUCCUGGAAAUGCCAUCAUGGUACUUGGUUCUGGGGUGUAUAGGAUUGGUAGUAGUGUUGAGUUUGACUGCUGUGCUGUGGGAUGUAUAAGAGAACUAAGAAAACUUGGUAAGCAAACAAUCAUGGUCAACUACAACCCUGAAACUGUGAGCACAGACUAUGACGAGUGUGACAGGCUGUACUUUGAUGAAAUAUCUUUUGAGAGUGUGAUGGAUAUCUAUACAAAGGAGAACCCAGAAGGAAUUAUUCUUAGUAUGGGUGGACAGCUACCCAAUAACAUAGCCAUGCACCUACAUAGACAACAGGCAAGGAUUUUAGGGACAUCGCCAGAAUCAAUUGACAAUGCAGAAAAUAGAUUCAAAUUCUCCAGAAUGUUAGACAAUAUUGGAAUGCUACAACCUCAAUGGAAAGAGCUUACUACCAUUAAGAAUGCAAAAGAAUUCUGUCAGGCAGUUGGUUAUCCCUGUCUUGUGCGACCAUCAUAUGUCCUUAGUGGUGCAGCCAUGAUUGUGGCAUAUAACGACAAUGAUCUUGACAACUACCUCACCAGUGAUGUGUUCCUCUCAAGGGACCAUCCUGUUGUCAUCUCCAAGUUUAUUCAAGAAGCCAAGGAAAUUGAUGUAGAUGCCAUUGCUUGUGAUGGAGAAGUGGUUGCUAUAGCAAUAUCUGAGCAUGUAGAGAAUGCAGGAGUGCAUUCUGGAGAUGCUACUAUGGUGUUACCUCCACAAGACAUGAAUUCUGAGACCAUCAGCAAGAUAAGAAAGAUCUGUUAUGCUAUUGGAGAAGCUUUGUCUGUGACGGGACCCUUCAACAUGCAGCUAAUAGCCAAGGAUAACCAACUGAAAGUGAUUGAAUGCAACCUCCGUGUUUCUCGCUCCUUCCCUUUCGUCUCCAAAACCCUGGAUCACGACUUUGUUGCUAUGGCGACUAGGGUCAUCUGUGAUGUGAAAGUAGAGUCUGUUCUGGAUCUUGAUGGUCAGGGACGAGUUGGAGUCAAGGUUCCUCAGUUCUCGUUUUCUCAGCUGGCCGGUGCAGACUGCAGGCUUGGGGUAGAGAUGGCAAGUACUGGAGAGGUGGCUUGCUUUGGUGAGAAUCGUUACGAGGCUUACCUCAAGGGAUUACUGAGCACUAAAUUCAAGAUGCCAAAGAAAACCAUUCUCUUGUCUAUUGGAAGUUUCAAUUCCAAGAACGAGCUGCUUCCCAGCGUCAGGACGUUAAAGGAGCUUGGAUUUACUCUCUAUGCUAGUCUAGGUACUGCUGACUUCUAUUCGGCUCAUGGGGUAGAGGUCAUUCCAGUUGACUGGCCAGCAGAAGAGGGCAACACUGAUGAUAAUGGAGAAUGCAGCAUCACAGAACAUCUAUCACAAAACAAGUUUGACCUGUUUAUCAACCUUCCACUGAGAAGUCACGGAGGUAUUAGGACCGCUACCUUGGUUACACAUGGAUACAAGACAAGAAGGAUGGCUAUCGACUUCUCUGUUCCCCUGAUAACUAACAUUAAAUGCGCCAAGCUGUUCGUUGAGGCCCUGAAGAGAGUAGGUGGUGCACCAAGGCUCAAGACCCACAUUGACUGCAUGUCCUCGGCUCGUAUCCUUCGCCUUCCAGGGUUGAUUGACGUUCAUGUUCAUCUACGAGAACCAGGCGCUACUCAUAAAGAAGACUUUAUGUCCGGUACAGCUGCAGCCUUGGCUGGUGGCGUUACCAUGGUGCUUGCUAUGCCUAAUACUAAUCCUCCGCUGGUAGAUGAAAAUGCUUUUAACCUGGCAAAGAAGCUUGCUGCCAAAGGAGCACUCUGUGAUUACGGUAUCUAUCUUGGUGCUGGCCCGGACAACUAUGACACUAUCAAGAACUUUGGCCAUCUAGCAGCAGGACUCAAGAUGUACUUGAAUGAGACAUUUACAACACUACGACUAGAUGACCUGACUCUGUGGAUCAAGCAUUUAGAGAACUGGCCUAAACACCUUCCAAUCGUAUGUCACGCUGAAGGUAGAACUACUGCUGCUAUCUUGUUAUUGGCUGAGCUGGCUGAGAGACCGGUACAUAUAGCACAUGUAGCACGCAAAGAAGAGAUUCUUGUGAUCAAAGCAGCGAAGGAACGAGGCAUGGCCGUCACCUGUGAAGUGGCACCUCACCAUCUGUUCUUGACCCAAGAUGACGUGGAGAGGAUUGGACACAACUGGAUCAAAGUUAAGCCACCCAUCGUCACUAAAGAAGAUCAGGACGCGCUAUGGGAAAACUUGGAGUAUAUUGAUUGUUUCGCUACGGACCAUGCUCCUCACACAGUCGAAGAAAAAAACUCUGACAACGCUCCCCCCGGAUUUCCUGGCUUAGAGACCAUGCUACCAUUAUUGCUCACGGCUGUGCACCAAGAACGCCUGACUGUUGAUGACAUAGUAGAGAAACUYUACCACAAUCCCCGCCGCAUCUUUGGCCUACCCGAACAGAAAGACACGUACAUUGAGGUGGAGAUUGGUAACGAAUGGACGAUCCCUAAAGCCAUGACGUAUUCAAAGUCUCAAUGGACUCCCUUCGCUGGAAUGAAAGUCUUUGGGAUGGUUCGUCGUGUUGUUCUGAGGGGAGAGAUUGCUUGUAUCGAUGGCAAGGUGCUCGCUAAACCAGGAUUUGGCGAGGAUGUACGAAUCAUAAGUCCCCUACCAUCGGGUGUUGUGUACGGACCAUAUUUACCACCAGCCAUCACGAAGGUGCUCGCUCAACCAGGAUUUGGCGAGGAUGUACGAAUCGUCAGUCCCUUGCCAUCAGGUGUCGUGCACGGACCUCAUUUACCUCCGGCCAUCACCAAGGUACCUACCAGUCCAAGGAAAAAGGAAGCCCGUCAUUGGCAGUUGCCUCCACCAGUACAUCGUGCUGUCGGCCCGGAGCCGAUAUCUGCUGCUCUCGAGGGUUCCCCACACGUAGUGGAAGUGAUGUCACAUGGUACCGCGACCCCAAAGACUCCAACUCUGACCCAGGGUCCCGCUUUUGUCAUUCCACAYCACCCCUCUCAGGCACUUCGUGUCCCUGCUCACGUGAUCACUGGUAAUAUCAUCAGCGCCAGUCAGUUCUCUAAAGAACAGCUUCACACCAUCUUUAAUGUUGCUCAUGAAAUGCGUAAAAUGGUUCACCGAGAAGGUGGAAACAAUCUUCUUAAGGGUCGUGUAAUGGCGUCCAUGUUCUACGAGGUCAGCACCCGUACAUCCUCAUCGUUUGCUGCUGCUAUGCAGAGGCUGGGUGGCACUGUCAUCAACAUCGGCGCGUCUGACUCGUCGACAAAGAAAGGAGAGACCCUCUCGGAUACCGUUCAAGUCAUGUCCUCAUACUGUGACGUGGUAGUAAUCAGACACCCAGUGCCUGGAGCGGUUCAGGAAGCAGCCAAGAAUUGUCACAAACCAGUGUUCAAUGCUGGCGAUGGUGUGGGAGAGCACCCGACCCAGGCUCUCCUCGAUGUCUUCACCAUAAGAGAGGAGAUUGGUACUGUCAAUGGUUUAACGGUAACUAUGAUUGGGGAUUUGAAGAAUGGUCGUACAGUUCACUCCCUUGCAAGGCUACUGUGUCUUUACCGCGUGACUCUACGCUACGUCUCGCCUCCAAGUCUACAAAUGCCAGACUCUGUUAAGGAAUAUGUGCGACAGAGGGGUAUUGUACAGGAAGAAUACACGUCUUUACAGGAAGCCAUACACGACACUGAUGUGUUGUACGUGACGAGGAUCCAACGAGAACGGUUCGAAACGCAGGGAGAGUAUGACAAGGUCUUUGGAAGUUACGUCGUGACUCCACAGACUUUGAACGAAGCCAAAGAAAAGAUGGUUGUCAUGCAUCCCUUACCACGCAUCAAUGAGAUAAGCGUUGAAGUGGAUUCUGACCCUCGAGCUGCCUACUUUCGUCAAGCCGAGUUUGGUAUGUACGUAAGAAUGGCUCUUUUGGCGCUCGUGCUUGGAAAGUAAAUCAUCGUGAAUCCAUCGAGAAAAAAAUGACUGGGAGGUCAUUGGGAGAAAAUCACGAAAUCAUCAAGGGAAAAUCGGAAAUCAUCGAAAGAAAAUCGGAAAGUCAUUGGAAAAAACUUGGGAGAUUAUUGUAAAAUCAUCGGAAAGCCAUAAGGAAAAUCUAUUAUAUUAUCUAUUAUAUAUUGUUUUCAUCAUAUUUUUCAUUACUGUUCCUGUUGAAAAAAACUACGUAUCGCAAAUCUCGACGUUGAACUAACUUUGGUUUUGUUCUUUACAUGUUUUCUGUUAUUUAUUUCCUUCAAUUAUGUAGCCUGGGGUAAGCGGGGGCAGUGGGGUGAGGAACUAGAGCCUCCUCGGUUCCACCCAACAGCUCCCCUUAACCCCUUACGCCUUGGGCUGCUACGUAGACUAUUCAAUUUAAGGUGUUUCUACCAUUAUUUGUUGCAUUCCAAGACUGGGAUGUAAUUGGGUUCCAUGGGUUAACAGAACAAUAGCUUUAAUAUCAGAAAACAAUUAUGAAAGAAUAUAUGAGGGAUGUGUGGAGAGAAAUAGGCUCAGUUAGGCAGGAAAGGGUCUUAAAAGGAGGAUUGUGUUUGAACGAGAGGAAAAUUAAACUCGUUCCCAAAGCCUUUGGAUAUUCGAGGAAAGCUUGCUAAAAAAAUAGGCGCUUUGAGAUUUGCAAAAUCUUCGACGGCAAAGUCAACCGGAAGCGUAAAUAAUUUUAAUUGGAAAUUUCAUUCAAAACAUUAGCAAAGUCAAUUCAUCCACAGGAAAGACAGUCUGUAAAAGCGCGAAACCUUAAAGUGAAGUUAUUUACGUUUUCGGUUGACAUCGCCCUCAUAGAUUUUGUUAUAUUAAAAGUCCCUAAAGGCAAGCGUCACUAACAGUUGUAUCUAAACUACUAUUAAUUGGAAUUGCUAAUAAAGUAUUUAAGCAAA